AGGCAGAGAAUGGCUUGAACCCGGGAGGCGGACCUUGCAGUGAGCUGAGAUCCGGCCACUGCACUCCAGCCUGGACGACAGAGCGAGACUCCGUCUCAAAACAAAGAAACAGAGAAACAAAACGCCAACACCACGAAGAGUGCAGGAGAGAGAAGGUUGUUUUGUCAUCGGUGUGUCUGCUUGCAACUCUUCAGGUCACUAACAAAGAAUGUUCGUGCACGUUCCGUGAGGUCUGUCUGCAUGGAGGGGUCACGUUUGAGGUUCACGUGAACACCAGCCAGAGAGCGUUUCAACAAAAACUGCUUUAUCCAAACUCAGGAAGGGAGGGCACCGCGGCCCAGAAUUUCUCCUGCUUCAUCUACGAUGUGGAUUUCAUGAACUGUACCUGGGCGAGGGGUCCGACGGCCCCCCGUGACGUCCAGUAUUUUUUGUACAUACAAAACUCAAAGAGAAGGAGGGAGAUCCAGUGUCCUUAUUACAUAGAAGACUCGGGAACCCACGUGGGAUGUCACCUGGGUAACCUGUCAGGAUUAACGUCUCGCAAUUACUUCCUGGUUAACGGAACCAGCCAAGAAAUUGGCAUCCAAUUCUUCGAUUCACUUCUGGACACAAAGAAAAUAGGUGAGAAUAACACAUAUGAUUUUCCUAUUGUUAUAGGUGAAAUGGAAUUUACCUGAAAAUCUGUGUAACUG